GCGAGGAGACGGAGUGGAGGCAGAUCCAGAUCAGCUCCCACCACCAUACAACUAUCUACAAGCCAGCAAGCAGCACAUCGGCCGCCACCAUGGAGUUUGCGAGCACUCUGCUUCCCAAGCUCGCCAAGCUGCUGCAGGACGAGUACAAGCUGAACAAGGGCGCCAGGAAGGGCAUCGAGUUCCUCCACAGGGAGCUCGAGGCCAUGCACGCCGCCCUCCGCGAAAUCAGCAAGGUGCCAAGAGAGCAGCUCGACGAUCUGCAAAGGAUCUGGGCCCGGGAUGCCAGGGAGCUGUCCUACGACAUGGAGGACAUCAUCGACACCUUCAUGGUGGACGUCGAGGGUCCUGAUCCCCCCAGCAAAAGGGGCGCCAAGAAGAUCUUCAAGAAGAUGGUAAGGAAGGUCGUCAAGUCCAUGGCUCGCCGUGAGGUCGCCCAAGAGAUCGACGACAUCAAGGAGCGUGUCAAGGAGCUGGCCGAGCGACGCGACAGUAUGUAUGAACCGUCUUCAUUGUAUUGGUUUCUUCUGACGGACUGCACAGGUACAAGCUUGAUGCUAGUAUUGCUCCUGCCAAUAAAACUGUUGUUGACCCUCGCAUCAUAGCAAUGUACACCAAGGUGACUGAGCUUGUCGGUAUUGGUGAGGCAAAGGAAGAAGUAAUCGCGAGGUUGACAAAGGGAGAUGCUGAUGAACACAAGGAUAGUAGUCUCUAUUGCUGGUUUUGGAGGACUAGGCAAGACAACACUUGCCAAAGCAGUGUAUGAUGAGAUUAAGGGACAGUUUGAUUGCACGGCUUUUGUUUCGGUGUCUCGCAAUCCUGACGCUACGAAGCUUCUCAAGGACAUCCUGUAUGAGCUUCACAAAGGAGGAGAACAUCCUGGUGCAAAUUUGGAUGAAAUAAAGCACCUCAUUGAUCUUGUCCGUGAUUUUCUCCGGAACAAGAGAUACCUCAUUGUUAUUGAUGAUAUAUGGGACAAAGAACCAUGGGAUAAGGCAAUAGGGCUGGCUCUGAUGGAGAAUAAUAAGAGAAGUAGAAUAAUCACAACCACCCGUAUUAUUGGUGUUGCUGAGCAUGUCGGCGGUUGCUAUAGGCUCAAACCACUUUCCGACGAGAGCUCUGAAAUAUUACUUUAUGGAAGAAUAUUUGGAUCAAAAGAUAAAUGUCCUAGGCAAUUUUCUGAAGUAUCUAAAAAUAUUCUAAAGAAGUGUGGAGGUGUCCCAUUAGCUAUCGUCACCACAUCUAGUUUGCUGGCUAAUAAAUCAGAGGAUAUAAGAGUGUGGAAUGAUGUGUGUAGCUCAAUUGGUUCUGGACUUGGGAGGAAUCCGGGUAUGGAUGACAUGAGGAAGAUAUUGCUGCUCAGCUAUUAUGAUCUGCCUUCUCAUCUGAUUGUCGUUUACUGUACCUAAGCAUAUUUCCAGAAGACUAUAAGAUUGAAAAGAAUCGGCUGAUAU